AUGGCGCAAAAUUUAAGUUACUGUUUUCAGUUUACCGAAUGGCCGUUGUACCUUCGCCAAAUCAAUGAUGGUAGACUUUUCAUCAUUCUUGCAGUAGUUAAUACAAUCUUUGCCUUGGCAGCUCUGAUAAGCAACGCCUUGAUCGUGGCAACGAUUCUKAAAACAAGAAGUCUUCAUAAUCCUUCUAGUACGUUGUUGUGUAAUCUWGCAGUGACAGAUAUUUUAGUGGGAGGUGUUAACCAACCUUUCUUYGUUGCCUGGCUUGUCGUUGUUCAUCAACAAACAACAGACCAAAAGACCGAAUGUACACUUGUAAUGACUGCCUCAAUGGCCUCGUAUAUUUUCUGUGGUGUUUCUYGUUGUAUGACUGCAGCGAUAGGUUUUGAGAGAUUUCUGUGCUUGUGGCUUCAUCUUCGAUAUCAAUCGAUGGUAACAGUGAAGCGAGUGCUGGUUUGUUGUGUUCUAUUAUGGAUCAUUGCGAUUAUUGGUGCAUUCCUGACACUCAUCGACAUGUCCUUGUACAACAUUCUCGUUGCCUCUGUAAUAGUCCUACUUGUAGCAAUUACAGUUUUGAGUUAUUUACAAAUUUAUAGAAUUUUGCUUCGACAUCGAAGAUCAAUUAAACCGGCCUUGAGGACACAAGAUGGAAAGAGCGCUAUCAAUAUUCAUCGCGUUAGCAAGUCUUCAUGGACGUUUUUCUAUGUAUUCAUUGCAUUUCUGUGGUGCUACCUUCYCUAUCUUGGCCUUAUUGUGUAUCGUGAAGUUAAUGGAGUAGACAAAAACGUUAUAUUAGCUACUCUGUUAUCAGUAACAAUUAUUGAUGUGAAUUCCACAUUGAAUCCUAUGCUCUUUAUGUGGAAUAUGAGAGAAAUACGGGUUGGGGUGCUCAAGAAGAUACGUAGUCUGUGGUCCAGCGAUGAUGGCACUUAUGCAAAUAAUUUGAACAACAGAACGAUAACAAAUUGGCAAACUCGUGGCGGCAAUACACAGCUAUCUCAGCAACGUUCCUGA